GUUAGCGCAUUCGCAUUCGUCCACGCGCGCACACGGACGGACGAGUGUUCAUCACCUUCUUCGCGGAGCCGCGCAAUCAACUCUACCAACGUACUCAUACAUACAUGUAUAUAUAAACGUAUUCUCCCGCCACAGCAGCAGCAGCAACCGUCGCGGCCGACAAUAACGUCCCGUCGAUCACGCACGCCGGUCGUCCACAUAAUAAUAAAAUACUACUCUACCACCGCCGUGCGUGUGUGUGCGUGUGCUCAUCGCCGCCGCCACCAUCGUCGUCGCGGUCGUAUCGCCGGACUUUACUCGCUCGACGUCAUCCCACCACUACACAUCAUCCGUUACCGCUAUACCACCACAAUCGUUGCCGCCGCCACAACAACCACCACCACCACCACCACCACCACCAACCACCACCGCCGCAAACACCACCAUCAACACAACCAUCGCCACUACCGCCACCAUAAAUCCUCCGCUGCUGUAACCACCAUCAUAACCGUCACCACCACCACCGCUGCCUAAACCCAUCCUCUCGAGUACCCGUUGGAUGGCUAGCGGCCACCAAACGUAACGGCAGCCAAAAUUCUUGUUCCCGUCAUAUCACUGUAGACGAUACUCCCCUGCCGAAGCUCAUCGCGACCCAACCGGUUCCAGGACAUUUAGGAUAUAUCUGCUGCCGCCACUACCGUCACCACCACUACCACCACUACGAUAACCACCUCCUCAACUACCGACACCGGAACCGCUAUCACUCGCUUGAUCAACCACUACAGAACCACUUAGCGUACACGCAAUCGGACGCUGCAAACCAACAGUCAAUCAAAGUAACUCGAAUAAUCAAGGAUUACAGGGAUUUAAACGAAAGGACCAAAUGGACGCCAAAUCGAAAGAUGACUCCAAUAUCAGCCUCACACUUCGGCUAAUAAUGCAAGGAAAGGAAGUUGGUAGUAUAAUAGGGAAAAAAGGAGAGAUUGUCAAGCGGUUCAGAGAAGAGUCUGGUGCCAAAAUCAAUAUAUCUGAUGGCUCUUGUCCUGAAAGAAUAGUGACCAUAUCAGGAUCUACUGAAGCCAUUUACAAAGCAUUUUCUUUAAUAUGCACAAAAGUUGAAGAGUUCAUUGAAAUGCAAAAUGGAAAAACUGGAGCAACAGCGAUCGGAAAAUGUGGUAUGACCCUUCGGUUGAUUGUUCCAGCAUCACAGUGUGGUUCUUUAAUUGGGAAGGGUGGUAAUAAAAUCAAAGAAAUUAGAGAAGCUACUGGAGCACAGAUACAAGUGGCUUCUGAUGUGCUUCCUCAAUCUACAGAAAGAGCAGUAACAUUAACUGGUACGAGGGACUCAAUAACGCAGUGUAUAUUUCACAUUUGUGCUGUUAUGGUGGAAUCACCUCCUAAAGGAGUAACAAUACCGUAUCGUGCUAAACCUCAGAUGGGUGCACCAGUUAUAUUGGCUGGAGGACAAGCAUUUACUCUAGCAAGUGCAGGAUCCGCAGCUGGUUGUGAUGUAGGCACCAUGAUGGUAGGUGGCGGCCCAUAUAAUGCUCCAAUGCUUAUGGUUCCUCCAUCGCCUGGUGCAGCAGCAAGUCUAGGCUUAAUUGAUCCACUGGACUAUCCUCUGCUUAAAAACGCAUUCGGGCCAUCACAAUUGGGAAAAUUGACUGGAAAUCCGUUAGCUGGUCUUGCGGCACUUGGACUUGGAAGUUUGGGAGGACCUGCGAAUUCAUUUAAUCCAGCAGCAUUGGCGGCAUUAGCUGGCAGCCAGUUGAGAUCUAAUGGUUCUGGAGCCAAUAUUAACAAUAGAUCUGGAGGCGGUCAACAAACACAUGAAAUGACCGUACCAAAUGACUUAAUUGGCUGUAUCAUUGGCAAGGGAGGAACUAAAAUCGCUGAAAUUAGGCAAAUCAGUGGAGCAAUGAUACGGAUCUCAAAUUGUGAAGACCGUGAAGGAAGUGCAAGCACAGAUAGGACCAUAACGAUAACUGGAAAUCCUGACUCAGUGGCUUUAGCUCAGUACUUAAUCAAUAUGAGGAUAUCCAUGGAGACUGCUGGACUAGCCUUGCCCGGUUAUCAUUACGUAUCACCGAAUCACAUUGUCAAGUCACCGAUUCAUUAAAUCAAUUUACAAAAGAGGUACUUGACAAAAAAUAUUGAACUUAUGUUAAAUUAAUUAUUUUUAAGAUCUGCUAUACAACACUUGGGCAUUGGAAAAGUAAAACGAUAAUGAACAUCAAAAAUAAGUUAUUAUAUAAAUUAUUUUAUUUAUCCAAUAAUGAUGAUGAUGGUUACAAUUUUUGGAUUUUCCUAUUUUAAUAGGUUAUGAACUUAUGAUAAUUAAUCUUUUGUAUUAUUAUUAUUAUUAUUAUUAUUAUUAUGGUUAUUAUUUAUUUAACCAUAGUAUUCAAUGUUUCAUUUUAUUUUUAUUUUUACCUAAUAUUAGCAUUCAUGUUUUUUAUGUUAAUAUAUAAUAAUUAUUAUUAGUUAAGUUAAGUAGGUAUGCGCUUUAGUGUUAUAUCUUAUAACUGUUCGUGUUUAUUCUUUGAAUUGUAUUAUUUAUUUAGUGUUCUAUUGGUUAGUUUCUAAGAUGUUAUUUUUUUCUGUACACACAUAAUAUUGUUGCUAAUUGGAAAUCGUACCAAAUUAUUUCACACAAUUGAGUAUUAGUUAAGGUACAAAUAGGCACUAAUAUUUAAAUACUAUUCUUGUGUGUCAAUAGAAUCAGUAAUUUUUAUUUUUGCAGUCAAAAUGCAUUUUUGCAUUUGUUGUCAGAUAAAGCAAUACCUACAAUAAAAUAGGUUAAUAUAAAUGUAUACAAAAUACAAAUAUAAUAUUCUAUAGUAAUCGUAUACAGGGUGAGUCGGAUAAUAGUUUAGAACGUAUCCAAUUAUAAGGACAGCUAUAUAGCUAAGUCCAACUGAGUAUACAUUUAUUAAUAUGGGUUACAAACAGGUACCUAGUUUGGGUUAUUUGAGGAAUGGUUAUUUUGUCGUUCAAUCUCAGUCCAGAAUAACAUUAGUGUUAUUCGGGUACCAUAUUAGUUAUACCGUCCCACCCUGUAUAAUUUCCUAUAAUAUAAUUAUGUUAACUUCGAAAUAUUGAUUUCUGGUCACUAUUAAACUCCUACAUAUAUAUUGGUGAACAAACUCCUCAAUAAUCUUAAAAUAAAAUAAUGUUUUAUUCGUAGCUUGUCUAAAUUUUUUAAUUAAAAUGAUCGGCAAAACAAAUUAAUAUAGUGCCAAAAAAAAUAAAAUAAAAAAACAAACCAUCUUUGCUGGUUAAAAUGUGAAAAUAUGUGCCAAAUAACAAAAUUAUAUAUAUAUUACAUACAUAAUAUAUAUAUAUAAGAUUGUAAGAUGUAGCAAUAAUAAAUAAUAUAUUUUAUGGAAAAUAUGAAUUAAUGGCCUUACUGGCGUUAGUGCAUAUGUUAUAUAGGGAUAAAUUUAUAAUAUUUCCAAUAAAUCAAUUUUGUUUAGAAGCUUUAAACAUAAACGCUAUUUAAAUAUCUCUCUUAGAUGCACUCUAUUCAUUAGCAUAAUAGCAUUAGGUACGUUAAAUAUAAAUAUAAACAUUUUCUUUUUGAUAUAUUAUUUUUUAAAACAAGUUUAUAGACACCAAAGUCUUACCAAUAUGAAGUACGUAAAUUGUACACUGUGUCAAAACUCAAAGGACAAAGGCGAAAGGGUAUGCCACCGGGGGCAAAUAAAAGGUUAGUGAAAAUAAAUACAAACUUAUCGUCAAUAUAUUGUUCUUGGCGCGCACAAUUUUUUAUCUUCAAUACAAGUUGUUUUAUUUUAUUUUUUAUUUAAAUGAUAUAAAUGUAGUUGAAAAUAUUUUUUGUAACGUAUUCUUGUAGCUUAAUGAUUUUUUUUUUGUAAUAAACUAAAAAAAAAAAAUAAAGUGUGAUAUAAUAAAUAGUCAGGGAUGCAUAAAUUAUUAAACUUUGGUAUCUUGACCCAUAGUUUGAUAAACGAAAUGCAGCACAUAUUAUAUUUUAUUAGAGUUUCAUACAGGAUUGAUUUGGACAACAUUGUGGCAAAUGUCAUGAAACUUCUAAUAAUCGUAAUACACAUUUAAAACAUUUAAAUAAUUUUAUCUAACUUUUAAAAUUUAGAAUAUUUUAACAAUAAUAAUAAUAUCGUUUAUUAUCAUAAACAUUAGAGACAAUCAUGAAUUUUUAUUUUAGAUAUUACAUACAUUUUGUAGCCACAUAGAAAAUUAAAAAAACAUAUUUAAUUCGCAAUAUUUAAUGAAAAAAACCGGUUUACGGUGGAUAAUAUUUUUGGGCGUAAACAAUUGUCAUCCGAACAGUAACCAUUGAUAAAGUACGCAAGUGCAUGAUUUUUUUUAAAUGUUUAUGUACAAGAUAAUAUAUGCAUUUUAUAUUUAUAAACAUUUAUAAACCUAUUUAAAGUAAAUUAAGCGCGUGCUAAAAAAAAAAUAAUAAUAAUAAUAAAAAUUUUUGUGAAACACAAAAAGGGUAAGAAUUUUUUUUAUAAUAUGUAUAAAUAGAUACCUAUAUACAUAUUUGUUUUGUUUGAUCUCAUUAAAUUAAUUACAAAAAAAAAAAAACAAUAUUCACACAGAUGUAAGAGAAGUUAUUAUUUUAUUAUUUUUAGUUUUGUUAUUAUUAAUCUUGAUUUCAACAAAAUAAAAUAAAAUCAUAUUUGAGAAUCUAACAUAUCCCAAUCAGAACCUAAUUGAGUGAUGACGAUUAUAAUAAAUAAAUAGCAUAUCGCGUACACCAGCAUAUCCAUUUUCCGCACACGACCAUAUCAUGACGAUUCGAGUGAAUUUGUUUUUUUUUCAAAAUUUUUUGUGUCCUAUUCUGAUAAACCUGCCUUAGUGGUGUUUGGGAAUUGAAAAUAAAAAUUUGAAAACUCACAGAUCACAGUUACUUGAUGGCAGCAUCUAACAAUCCAAUGGUAUUAGAAUUAUUGAAAACCCAAUAAUUUUGUCACCAAAACAUUAUUUAUUGUUGUAUUAUUUGUAUUAUAUUAUUAUUAUUAGUAUUAUUAUUAGUACUGUUAACCACUUAUUAACCAUAAUUAUUAGAUUAUAUUGAUUGUAUACCUAGUUAUUUUAGUUAGACACUUAAGUUUUACUGUUUUAGGGAUAUUUGCGUUAAUCCAGUAGUCUAAAUAUUAUUGUCAUUAUAACUCCUAGAAUUCGGUUUUUUUAACCUUUCAUAACACACACACUCUCUCUAUCUAUCUAUCUAUUUAUCUAUCUCUGUCUCUCUCUCUCUAUCCCUCAUUCUCUCUUAUUAAUAAUGAUAGAAUAUACCUUAAAACUAAUUAACACGUCUUACAUUAAAAAAAUAAUAUAUUAUUAAAUAUUGUGAAUUACGAUUUCAAUAUUGUCACUACUAUUAUAUUAUAGUAUUUAGUCUAUAGUCAAGUUUACCAUUUAAUCCGUAGUAUUUUGACAAUGCUAAAAUAUAAGCUAUUGUAUUUUAACUUUGUUUGUUCGAUAUUGUAUAUCGCAGGGUUUAAAAAAAUAACAAUUAUUAUGCUUACACAGUUGUAUUUAAAUACAUAUUAUAUAUUAUAUC